GGGGGGAGGGGACAGCUAAGGUCUCGCAGUAGCAGCGGCAGCAGCACUCCCCCCCCCCCCCCCCCCCUUUCCCUUUAACUGACAGUGCGACCGGCUUCGGCAGCGGCCCUCGACAAAUGUGGCGGGCUAGUCUAGAGACGCUUCGUUGGAGUCCGGCGCUGUGAGGCGAGGCAGGAGCGCAGGCCUCGCCGCCGGCUGCCCACUUCUUGCCUAAGUGGGAAGGGAGGAAACGAGACAGGGACCCAAGCAGCAGCAGCAGCAGGUCCCGCAGGCAGGCAGGUAUAGGGGGCGGCGUCAGCUGUGUCUCACGCCUCCCUUCUCCUCACCGAGGUAGGGACCUAGAGACGCCAGGCAGCCUUUUCUGAGGCUCCCCUUGAAUUGGUUGCCGGGGAUUCAAAGCCGCUUUCUCCAGCCCGGUGAAUCAAAGGGGCUCUCACCUGCCGCUACAGGUUACAGCUCUUCCCGGCGUGGAGAGGCCGCCGCCGCCGCCGCCUCCCGGGUACGAAGUGGGCAAGAAGAAGCAGGGGAAGAAAGAGGCGGCUCUGACAGUAGCGGUGGCUAUUUUGGCCGCGGCUGGCCUAGCGAGGAGUGGCGGGCAACGCGCUGUAGGCCGGCUGAAGAGGACGUGGGUUCAAGUUCUUGGAUGCCGAGGGCACCUCCCGCACGCUUCGUCCCCUACAGCCGCAGCGGGGCAUGAACCUGGAGCAACCCGAAGGGGAGGAAGAGGACGACGACGGUGGCGAAGAAGAGGAAGACGACAUGGAGCUGCCGCCCGACAACGCAGCCGCCGCCACGACGGCCGGGGCCGGGGCGCGCGGAGAGGCUCCGGCGGACCCCGCGCUCGUUGGGUGCCUGCUGAAAGAAGACGGCGAGGCACCGAGCAGCGGCGGGCACCACAGCCUGGAGCAGAACCUGAGCCCGGAACUGCAACAAGGCUACCGGAUCCUGAAGGAGUUUCUGUCGGAAAAGCACCGGCCCCUGACUGCCCCUUUUCUAAGACCUUUUGGAAGCCAGAAGACUGAGGAUGGGCAAAGUGGCACAGCAGCUAUCACCGCUUCAUCUUCCUCCUCCCGCGAAGGUAGCGGGCAUCAGUCUUCCCAAGAACCGCAGCCGUCUGGGAUGUGGCUGCUGAAAAUGGAAAAUAAAUUUUCGACUGGGAAGUAUAGGGGGAUCGCGGAUUUCGUGGCUGAUUUCCGGUUGAUGCUCGAGACUUGCUAUCGCUUGCACGGGGUAGAUCAUUGGCUUUCAAAGCAGGCUCAGAAGUUGGAGAUGAUGCUCGAGCAAAAGCUGGCUUUGCUGUCUCGGCAUUUGAGAGAGAAGACAGCAAUAGGAGUAACAUCUAAAGGGUUCUAUGGGCUGGAAGAUGAGAAGGGAACAGCUUGUACUUCAACAAGGCGUCGUUCUACACCACGCAGUUUAGCAGGCUUGACCACAGGCGUGUUUGAAUCCAUAAUGGUUCAGGUUCUGAGACAGGAAGAGCAACUGAGAGCAAAAGAAGAAAAGAGGCUUCGCGAACAAGAAAGAAAAGAGGCAGAAGAAGCUAGUCAAAAGGAAAUAGAAGAAUGGGAGAAGUCCCUUCUAUCUCAAGCAGCGCCUUCUCGGAUGGAAAACAUGUGGGAAAUCCCAGCGAUUGGCCACUUCCUUUGUUUAGCACAACACAUUUUAAACUUGCCUGAAAUAGUCUUUUAUGAGUUAGAACGCUGCCUUUUGGUGCCUCAGUGUAGUGCUUUUUUAUCUAAAAUAAUGACUUCUUUAUUAAGUCCUCCUCAUCGAAGGUCUACCUUACAUCGAAGGCCAACUCUUCCUUAUAGAACUUGGGAAGCAGCACUUAAGCAGAAAGUACAGCAGUGGUAUACAGCUGUGGGGCAAACUGACAAUCCUGACAGUUGUGCAGAAAAACUUGGUCUUUGUCCUCAGUUUUUUAAAGUCCUUGGAGAAGUUAAUCCUCUGGAGGAAAAACCAUUUCAUGAGCUCCCGUUUUGUCAAAAAGUGUGGCUGUUAAAAGGUCUCUGUGACUAUGUAUAUGAAACACAAAAGGAUGUACAAGAUGCAGUACUUGGUCAGCCUAUCCAUGAAUGCAGGGAGGUAAUUCUAGGUUACGAUUACUUAGAACAUGCCUAUGUUCACUUCCCACAGUUCUGUGGAGCAGAUGUACGGAUUUACAAACAGAAGCCUUUUCAUGCUCCUGAAUUUCCAGUUCCUCCCAUUAAGGUAAAAAGAAUACCACGGAUUAAACUGGAGAAAGUGAAAUGUGAAUAUGUCACCAAAAGCAAUGGUGAAGUUAAACGUAGUGCUAAAGAAGAACUUUUGCCUCAGACAAAAGCAGAACCAGGAAAAAAUCUUUGCUCAACAAAAAUCCAUUUGGACAUCCCAAAUGUCAUGCCAGAAAAAGAAAUGAAAUCCAACUAUGAAGAGAGAAUUCAAAAGAACUGUGACUUUACAACAGAUUGCUGUAAAGAAAACAGGGAUAAGGUAAUUGAUCCAGGCGAGUUUGUUGGCUUUGGGGUACCUCUGAGCCCAGGUGAAAUCCGGAUUGUGGAAAAUGGAGAAAGAUGUGGUGAAUCAUCAGUAGUGAAAACAGAGGUCACCCCUUUAAAGGAGAACACUCUUAAAACUUGCCUGGUGCACGUGAAUGGGAAUCACAGUGACAAUCCAGAGAGUAACUGCCACAAAAUUGCUAAAGAAGUGACUGCAGAGGAUUCUGUAGAAAACAAAACACUGAAGUUUAGUAAAGUGCGAGCAAAGAAGAAGAAGAAGAAGAAAAAGAAGCUGAAAGAUAUUUUGAAUGAAAACCUUCAGAGGAAACGUGAGAUUCACCUCCACUCAUUUAAAUCUUGUAAAUCUGAAAUUCAGAAUAAGUUACUCAUGAUGAAAAAGAAAGCCAAGCACAAGAAGCACAAGUCUGGAAAGAAAUCCAUAUCUAAAAAAGCAAUUACAAAGAAAAGGAAAUCUGUCACGAAGCCUCCUGUUCCAGAAUUUCAGCUUAUUUGCACUAAUCUUGAUGAACUCAGGGAAUUAAUUAGAAAAAUUGAGAGUGAACUCAAAGAUGUGGAAAAUAUUAAAAAGAAAUCGGGCAGGUGGUAUCAGCGAAAACAAGCUGUAAAGGAAUUACAUUGUACUCUGAUACGACUGCUAAAUGAAUUGUUACCAUGGGAACCAAAACUAAUGAAGGCUUUUCAAAGAAACAGGUCUCGAUUAAAAAAGGACUAUGAUGACUUCAAAAGGCAGCCAGAUCAUGAUAAAUUUACUAGAGAACAGUGGACUAAUGAGGAUAGUGAAGUGAAUGCUUGCAAAGACAUUUCCAUUGCAUUAACCAGUGAGUCUUCAGAGCAUACCAAGUCUCUGAGAAGUGAUUAUACAGAUGCAGCAGAAAACUUGAAACCAUCAGAGAUGGAUCUUGCUGCAGGAAAAUCCAAGCCACUAAAAAAAGACCUGACUUACCGAGAAAUACAAAAGGCAGUGCCUAAAUCUUUUAAACGCCAGUCCAAGCAAAACUGUUACCUAGAUGAGAGCACAAAUGAGUUUUUACCAAGGAAAAGGUUCAAAUUAAGCACAACUGAUACCACAGUUCAUGGUAUAGACAACGAUCUGUCAAUCGAUACUUGUUUAAAUCAGCAAAUCGAAUCCUCAUCUUUAGAAUCAUUGGAUAUGACAGACUCUACAGCAUCAAUAUCGAACUUAAUAAAAGGGACCAAGCCUAUACAAGCCUUGCUUGCUAAGAAUAUUGGGAACAAAGUGACCUUAACAAGUCAGCUGACACCCACUGCAGGUAGAAGCAUUUCUACUUCUGAAAAACUGAUUGUGUCUACCAUGAGUUCUUCCCCGGUUAAACCAGUGUUGCCCUGCCAGACCAGUUCAAAGAGUCCAUUACAGGUGCUGUACAAGAUGCCUGGUGGCCACUGUAUGCCAGUAGACUUGCAAAGCAAUUCAAUGAAGAUUCAGAUGCAGCCUGUGGUUGACUGUAAACCAGGAGAAAAAACCACAGGAGAGAAAAUCAUGCAGCAAGUCCUUAUUUUGCCUAAAAAUUUUCUUAUCCAUCACAAAGAAACUAAAAGUGGGGCAAAAGAAAUCCAGCCAUUGCAGCAAAAGACUACUGAGCAGUCCUGUCUCACUCUUCCACAGCCAACAGCUGUCAACACUACUUUAGCAUCUGUCCUUCCAACAUCUUCUGUAAAUGCUGCUGCUGCUGCCUUUCUGCCCACACAUUUUAAAAAGAAUACUACCCAUUUGCCACAAGGAGCUAAUGCUGUGAGCCGAUUUUCAACAUUGCCCUCUAUAACCUCCACCAGUAAUGUAUUAGCAUCAGUGGUGAAAAUGAGCCAAAGUGAGACUACUAAAACCAAGACUAUAAUUUCAGCUGCCUCAUCCCCUGUUGCUUCACCCACUGUUUCCUCAGCAGUUCAGGCAUUGACAACAACUCUACCACCAAGUGUUUCUGCUUGCACCAGCGGUGCCUCCCCAAGACUGGCAUCCCCUCCAAAAAGCGCUGACGAUGGUGAAGCUAAACAAGAACUGAAAACAAUAUGUAUCAGAGAUUCACAAUCCAUCCUUGUUAGAACACGAGGUGGGAACACAGGUAUUGUUAAGGUGCAGACAAAUUCUGAGCAGAUUUCCCCAAAUAACUUAUCUCCAAGUUCUGUUUUCACAUAUGCACCUCAGCUUCAGGCCUUUUUUGUGCCAAAAGCCACACAGUUGUCAACCUCUACCUUUCAGACUGUAACAACUGCCAUACCCAGUUUUCCAACAGCUGUCCAAUCUUCUCCAACAACUUCAGCUUCCAUUCCAACUGUUCCUGCUUCUGUAAACCAGGUAAUGGGGAAAAACAUGAUGCUUACAUUUGGGCAGCCUCAUAACAGUGGCUCUGUAUGUCAUGGAAUGCAAAAAACUGUACACGCGUCUUCCCCGACCUUUUUGUCUCCCAUGUCGUCUAAUGUUGUCAUUCCAGCACCACCAAACAGCUCAGUUAAUGCAGUUAGCAUUUCUCCAGGAAAUAUUGGGCAGAAUGCCACAUGUACUACCCAGGCUCCUUUUAUUAAUCAAGUCAGUGUGAAUAAUACAAAAUAUCCUGUUACACAGCCUGAGGUUACGCCCAUAACUAAUGGAAAUAUGAUGAGUGGGGCUCAAAUUCAGAAACUUAUGUUGGUCACAAAUCCCCCCCUUCUUCCCGCUUGUGGAACUGCAGGAGUCAGUCUAAUCCCUGCGCCAACAUCCACUGGCAUUACAGCACAGAAACUGGUUUUUAUUAAUACUCCACUUGCCAAUAUUCAUCCAAAUGCCAGUUUAACUGCAGAAUCAUUUAAACCGACCUUCCCUCCUUCCCUGGGCAAAACAUAUGUUAAAAGCACAGAGCAGCCUCAGUUAGUUUUGAUUCCAUCUACUGUGGGAACAUCAAUAAAAGUAAAUGCAGCACCAACAGUUUCACAGAUAAAAGAUGUGAAAAUUGGACUUAACAUUGGUCAGGCCAUUAUAAAUAGCACAGGUAAUGCUCAGAGUGUUCCACCAAUUCACGUUAUGCAGUCUACUGCUCCAAAAGGUGCAGAAGAGAAAAAUAGCCAGGGUGUUAUCUUGCCAUUUUCAACAAGCAGUGGUUUGGUUCCUGUAUGCCCUGAUCCUCCAUGUCAGAGUAUUACACCUGUCAGAGAGUCUCUGACUGAUUCAGCAAGUGUAUUGAAUAUACCUACAGUAACAACUAAUUCAUGUUUAGAUUCUGCUUCUGUGGCAUUGAGUGGAGCUACUACUGGAACACGGCCUACUGUUUUGGAUGGUGGAGUAGAUACUUUGACAAAAGUUACACCAGUUUUAACUCCUCAAAUGCGUACCUCUAAUGUUGGAAGUACGAUGGCUAUAUCAACUGUGAAAACAGGGCACCUUGCUUCAUCUGUACUGAUUUCAGCUACCCAACCAAGUUUAUCAUCUGCUUUUCAGUUACCAGUUACAGUUGCCUUGCCUGGAGCAGUGAAUGGUGCCCCCAAAAUGAUACACACAGUCCCUCAACUGCCAGCAGCCUCACCUGCUGCACAGUGUAUGCCCCUUUCAAAAGGUCAACAGUCCCCAUUAGUCCAAUUUCAACCACCAGGAAUUUCAUCGGCAGUGCCAACCAAUGGAAGUACUCAGAAACCACAAACUGUAUUGCCUCCUAAUGCACCAAAUACAAGUAAAGUAAUCAGUUUUAAUAAUUUAUUUCCCCUACCUUCUCAACUAUUGCCUCCUAAUUUUGUAAAGCCAAUUCCUGCUUUCAGUUGUGCCCCUGGUGCCUCUACCACUCAAACUGUUCCAGCUUCACCAUCCAUUGUUAACAAUUUGGGAGGACAGUUGAAUGAAUCCUGUAUCCAACAGAAAAUAAUUAUUAACACGUGUACCCCUUUGGCACCUGGAACUCAGAUAAUGAUCAGUGGUACUCGGUUCAUUGUUCCACCUCAGGGCCUUGGAGCUGGCAGUCAUGUUCUUCUUAUCUCUACAAAUCCAAAACUUGGGCCUCUUUUAGCUGUUAGCAAUGGCCAUGGAUUUCAAGGUGGGCCCCAUGCUGCUUCCACUGCUCAGAAGACUACACAAGUGUCAAGUAAUACAUCAAGUUGGCAACCAUCAAAACAGCCUUUGAAAAGCUCUACCAAAAUUGUGAACUCUCUGGGGACUGCAAACGCCCUGCCUAUCGUCCAUGCAACACCACAGAUGGUAAACACUGCUACAAAACCAGGUACUCCGUCAUUUGCAACAACACUGCCUACAUCCCUGGUAACAAGCACCCCAUCUACUACUGUAGCUAAAACAACAGUUCAUGCUACUCAGACUGGUAAUUCGCAGCUACAAAGCAGUAGCUCUGUAUUGCAUCUGGAUACAUCUAUCAAAAAACUUAUGGUCAGCCCAGAAGGAGCCAUUUUGAAUGCUAUAAAGACUCCAACAUCUAAAACUUCCUCUCAGUCAACCUCCUUCACUCCUGACAUAGUUUCUACAACCAGAAAUCCUGCUGUUGUCUUCCCAAAUUUUCUGAAGUCCAGCAUAGGUGUACCUGACACAGCUGCAUCUUGAACUUAAAGUAAAUGAGCCGUUAAACUGUUGGGCAUUCUUUUGAGUACGACAUUAAUUUAUAAUUGUUAGAAAUUCUUAUGCUGUUUUUUGAAAUAUACCAUACAUGGGGCUGAUGUGCAUGAACCCAAGGCAUGUAAUGACCACUCUUGAACAGAUAAAAACUGCCAGGUAGAGAACUGGACUCUUUUACGUGCCACUGGAAACUCAUGGGUUGAAUGGUUUCAGCAUUCUGCACAUGUUGCACAUAUCAGCUACCCAGUUUUCCAUUAACUGGGGACUGAUACGCGCUCAAUUUUAAAAUACCUACCAUGUGCCCAAGGGUUUAUGUGCAUAAGGCUGUAGCUGAUUUUCUACAGAAAACUUCAUAGCAUUGUAGCUACUUUCAAUUUUUUUUCCUAAGUGGGGAGUAAACACCUCUUUAAAUACUUUAAAGACCUGUGCUUUCUAAGGGUUUUUUUAAUUGAAGAGGUGGAAAAUGUCCAUCUGUUAAGAUAUGUUGUAGGAAGCAAUGUUUGACUCUUGACUAGUACAUUUACAGGGAUAUGUUUUUUUCCUCACAAUUUAGAAACUUUCCCAUCUUGUUUAUAAAUAGUGUAGUACACUUUGGGGAAAAUUUACUUAAUUUUUUUUAAUAAAAAGCAUAUUUAUGCAUUUAAAAUGCAGUCUAUGGUGUAAAAUUGUACAUAUCCCUGAUUCCCUAACAGUAUGUACUAAAAUCUGUGUAAAAAGAACUACUCUGUCUUAUUUAUGUUUUGUUUACAUAAUGUAUAGUUUUUUAAGUAUUUUAGUAAUUUUGGACAAGUGUACUGUUUAGCAAUAAUGCAGAAGAAUCUGCAUGUAAUAAUAAACAAAGUUGCUGUAUUUCUGCUUGAUAAUACUGUAUCAAUGUCAUUGUGUAAAAGGGAUACUUGAUAGCACAAGGUUAUGUAUGUAUGUGCAUUAAGAAAUUAAAGAUAUUGGGGUUUACACAAAUGCUGUGGGCCUAAGCACACUUAGCCUUAGCACACUUAGCCUAGCGGGAUUUUCAUGGCUAUGGUUUUGACUUUCCACCAUUCCAUUUUUUUCUUACAGCUUUUCUCUAAAUAAUUUCUAACCCUGUCUUCAAGUUUAUAAAAUUGUAAUUAUCAGGACUUGGUACAUUAUACAGGGUAUGAAAAGAAUCACUUUCAUAUUUUGAAAAUGUUUACUGAAAUCUGUUCAUUUUGGGAGGCAAAAUAGUGCACAAGUAUUUUAGUAAUUUUGGACAAAUUACAAGACCUUUUCAUUGUUACGUCUUUGGUACAAAGGUAGAGAAACCCAAACACUGGGACUUAGAGGCUUUCUAGCAAAUACAGUAAUAAGAAAGGAUGGACUACAAUAGUUGCAGGGUAGAAAAAUUAGAGAGACUGUUCAAAAUGCUAUUUCUAAGUCACAAUAGUCAAAGUCUUUGAUGAAGGGCUUCACUUGGUAACAUGAGGGAAGAUAAGUAAAAUACUUGGACUGUCUGACAGCCAUUUUAGAAUGAAGGAAAUGUGCCUGAAUUCAAGAAUGAAUGUAAGGAAGUGAGGUAACUAAGAACCUUUCUCUUCAUGAGUUGCUUGUGACUUGUGGCUCUUUAAAGCUGUGUAUCUGAGUCAAUAAAUGCAAGUCUUAAACA